AUGGAGGCAGUAGGCCCACCACCACGCGAUGGCGCGGCCGCCACUGUGUCGUUGGACCGGUGCUGUGUUUCCGUUCCUGCUCACGCCAUGCACGCCGUUUCACUUGGCGAGAGCGACGACCACAGCUGCGGUGAUGGGGAGCAGUUUUACACGGCAACCGUUAACGUGAACCCCACUUCUUCUAGUCCUCACACCCUCCCUCGAAUAGAAAACCACGAGAGCCAUGACGCCAAUACACUUAUUGUGACUCCUGCUGCUGCAACCGAGACGUCAGGGAUGCUCACCUUAGAGGAGAUUCUGGAUGGGCCUGCCAGCUGCCCAAGCUCCACCAGUGCGGCGCCAACGGAUUUGGCGAUGAACAGGCUUCUGACAACAACACAGAGGGACAGUAGAGACAAGCAGAAGGCACCGCCUGCUGCUGGCCCUGCGUAUGCGGAGAAAGAUGCCACCGCAGCGGCUUUGACUGAACACUCGAAGGGGGCGAACACACCUACUGAGCUCUCUGCGGUAGCGAAUCUCGCUCCUCUUUCCUCUUCCUCUCGAGCAGUACAUUCGGGCAGCUCAGUCGUGGCGGCCCCUGCAUACUCUCCUGCCCCUUCUGCGGGCUUGGCGAGCAGUGGGGCGCCUCUCUCCGUGCUCACCACACUUCCUGCGGACCUCCUCGUUGCCACUGCGGCGGAAUCAUCCACAUUGAAAUUAUAUCAGGAGACAUCCUCGCCGCAUGCUAACCACGACGCCACCGCUGGUCUGCAAGCGGCAGAGGCCGGCAACGUCGCGGGUCACUCCCCGAUUGCCAAAACACUAGCUGCAAAGGGGGAGGGGUCAUCAAGGCCACUAGUGCGAGCUACAUCCUGCUCCGCUGCGCGUGCGGUGCGGCGGGAGGUGGUGGGUCGUGAGCACAACUCGUCGGAAGCAACCGUGUCGAAGAGGGAAAGAAAGACUGGCGGCGUCACGACAGCGUACAUUGCCGCGCUGCUGCGCGGCAUACUGGGCACUUCCCUGCCCGCGGACAGAGCGGUGAUUCAUUCGCGCAAGACGUGUGCGGUUUCCACAGCUCCGCCACCAAUUGCCUCGCUCGACUUGCCUGUCGGGUUGCUCGUACUGUACUGCGCCGCCGAGGAGACGUGUGCUGCGUUAGAAGGCGAAGGAGCUUCCUCGAUUACCUCCACCGCGGCCACCUCGGCCUACUCGCUGCUUUAUAUUCUAGAGCAGAUCUCUGAAGCUCGUUGCCGCGAUCACCGGCAAGCAGCACUAAAGCAGGCAAGCGAGCUGGAGCAAGCAAAGUGUGAGGAGCUCUACAAGGCGGCAGAAAAGAAGCGCGCUCUGCACGCUGCCCAUCAAGCCGCGCGUGCACAGGCGGUAGAGCAGGAGGAACUUGGCGCCUGCACGUUCCACCCGGCUGUGUCGGAGGCGGCGCAGCGCAUGAAGGUGACGGGGACGAAGAACUUCAUGCAAAGGUGCAUGGAUUGGAAGGCACAGAUGGACCGCCGGCUGCGCCAGAAGUACGACCAGCGCGCUGAGGCGGAGGCGGAGCAGUGGACUGCAGCCGCAGCGCAGAUCGGCAUAUUAGCCCCUGAUGGGGUGGUCACGGAGGGCAGCCGACGCCUACUAGCAGAGCCGAGUGUGCAAGAACGACUCAAGUCCCGGCCGUGCUUGUGGGAGGCAAAGCGGCCCAGUGAGAAUCUGUGGGAGGCUGGGGUGAGUGUUUUUGUGCCCGCACACGCGCCAACUGAUACCGCAGCAUCAUUUCCGCACCCGCUCGGAGCACCAAUUACUUCUUCGAUUGUGGAGGAUCAGGAAGCCGUCUUGCGCGACUUGCGCCGCCCCGGCACUGGGGAAGGAGUGUCGUGUGAUCCCUCGCUGCUGCAGCAGCUGCAGGGCACGCCUCCCCCUCGCGCGUCCAAAAGUAGUGGGGGCACCGUGAAGGGGUUCCUGAGACGUGUCGAGCAGGACGCGAGGCGCCGCGAGCAGACCGUGGCGAAACUGCGGGCGCGUUAUCACAACCCCGACACGGAGCGCUUUGAGGGUGGAACAGGGCAGCCGCUUUUUCAGCCCAACGCGAUGCCGACGGCAUGGAAGGACGGACACCGCGUGAGCUACGACGAUCUGUCCAAGGAGGAGCAGGAAAGCUUUCGCGCAGAGCUGCGCCGAGCCGGGCUUGACUUUGUGCUGUCGCACUACCUGCGAGAGCGGCAGAGGGAGAAGCAGCAGGGUGUCACCGACAGUCCCCAGGAGCCAUCGGCGAUGGAGCAAGGCGACGGCGCCGACACCACCGAGGGAGGCACGGUACCGCGGCACUCCACCUCGUCACAGUCGCACGGGCACAUCAUGGCAGUGACGCAUCACGCUCGCUUCAUGGCGUCGCUUGAGGCGGCGGUGGAGCGAAAGAAGAAGAACUUGGAGCGCCUGCGAGCCCAGGCAACAGCGGAGGAAACCUUCCACCCGCAAAUCACCAAGCAGUCAGUGAGGAUGGCGCUGCACAAAACAGGCGGCACACCAAUCUAUGGGCGCCCAGUGGAGCCCAGGAGGGAGGCGAGCGCCUCAGGUGCGCGGUUGGAGAAGUCACCACAGCAGACCUCUUCCUCCUUUCCCAAAGAUCGGCCGCUGCCCGAGGUGGCAAAGCUUUUCCUUGCCCGAAGCGGGAAGUGGAUGGAGUCAAGGCAGCGACGGCUGCAGCAUCUCGCCGAGAUGGAGGAGGAGCGGCGCUACGCCGGGUGCACCUUCACCCCGAACUGCCACUUCACGGACACGCGCGAGAUGACAGGACCUCCUCUCGGCGUGGAGGCAGGCCUGACAGGUGCGUCGUCGCAUACGGACCCAUCGUUGGCGCCAUGCAUGGCGGGUGGUGAGGUCAAGGACCAUCGGGGAGCUUCUCAAUCCCAUGUGCGGCCACGGAGUCUGAUGGCAUCGGCGGCGGACGUGCGCGUGAUGAAUGAGCUCGAGCUCCUCCGCUCUGGUGCCGCCUACCGGGAUGAAGACUUUGUUCAGGCUGUUUGCGAGCGAAGUGGGCUGGCCGACGCGAGGCGGGCCAUGGCAAACCUGUCUCUCCACUCUGCGCCGCGCCUGUCGAGAAGCCGCAAGGACGCCCGGAGGGCAUCGAAACCAACUCACCAGUCUUCCGUAAGUUUGCCACAGUCGCCUCUCUCCCCUAUUCUCCAGCGAUCCGAACGGCGAUCCGCCUCUCCAUAUCUGCUGCCGCGUCGAGACACCCGCGCAUCGUUUUCACUCUUCCAAGGCAGCGUGCCGAGGUCAGCACCAGCGCACUUGCAGACCGAGUCGACGCAGACACCGAUGCGUCGUUCCGUAGCCGGGGGCGCUACAGCGGUUCUCUCUGGCGCUCGCGACUCCGUAUCGAGUUUUGCGCCGGUGGAGGAUCCGUGGGCGGCGCUUGACGCGCAGAUCGACGCUAUCCUCAAGCUUCGCAGGCGCUGA